AUGCCAACCUAUUAUGAGGUGGAUAUGACCAAACGUUCUCUAUGAAUUACAUUGUUGGCAUUUGAUUAAUGUAAAAGAGAAAUGACUCUUGGUCGUUUAAUAUGUGCGGGAGAAUAGGAAGAGGAGACUAAUGUUGGUUCAGAGCGAUCAGGAGAAAAUGAAGUCAUUAUGGAACGUGUACCUCCAGAAAAACCAAAGAGGGGCAGACCACCCAAAAGUCCUGCAGUUACGAAGGAAGGUCUACCUCUAGAAAAACCAAAGAGGGGAAGACCACCAAAAAGUCCUGGUGUUAUUAACCCUAGAGAGGAGGAUGGGCCACGACUUAGUGAAGUAUUCUCAUCACCCCAGGUAGAUUUGAGAGAUCCAGAUAUGGAAGCAUCAACUCCCAUUUAAACUCUGCAACAAAUGAAGCAGGUGAACCAGGUUCUUCAUACAAGUGAUCACACCAACAUAUCAGCGGAAGGCCCAAGUCCUAUUUACCUAGACUGCUUGAGUUCCCUAACUCCAUUGGAAAGACAAAUAUGCCAACAUAUAGCUCGAGAGGACACCGGCUACCAUGCAUACUGGCCCCCAGGUUACCAAAUGUACCUCACAUUUGGAGAAUCGCAUGUUGUGUACCCAGACUCAAGAGUU